AUGCCGGGAGCCGUGAAGGUGUUCGGGUCGCCGACGUCGUCGGAGGUCGCCCGCGUCCUGGCGUGCCUCUUCGAGAAGGAUGUCGAGUUCCAGCUCAUCCGUGUCGACUCCUUCCGCGGCCCCAACCGCAUGCCCCAGUACCUCAAGCUCCAGCCGCACGGCGAGGCGCUCACCUUCGAGGACGGCAACGUCACCCUCGUCGAGUCGAGGAAGAUCCUGAGGCACAUCGCUGACAAGUACAAGAGGCAGGGGAACCUGGACCUGAUCGGGACGGGGGCGCUGGAGCGCUCCUCCAUCGAGCAGUGGCUGCAGACGGAGGCGCAGAGCUUCGACGUGCCCAGCGCCGACAUGAUCUACAGCCUCGCCUACCUGCCGCGCACCAUGCCGCUCGACGGCAGAAAGGACGGCGGCGCCGGCGCCGGCCGCGAAGCCAUGCAGCAGAAGCAGCAGCAGCAGCGGGACAUGAUGAUGAGCCCGUCCCACAUGCAGAAGGUGGAGGAGAUGAAGCAGCUGUUCGAGAAGAGCAGCAGGGAUCUGAGCAAGGUGCUGGACAUCUACGACCAGCGGCUUGAGGAGGCCGAGUACCUCGCCGGCGACAAGUUCACCCUCGCCGACCUCUCCCACAUGCCCAACGCCGACCGCCUCGCCUCCGACGAGCGCUCCGCCCGCCUCAUCCAGUCCCGCAGGAACGUCAGCCGCUGGUGGGCCGACGUCUCGAGCCGCGAGUCCUGGGUGUACGUCAAGAGCCUGCAGCGCCCGCCGUCCGCCGAGGCGCCAUUCUGA